AUGACUGAACAUAAAGAUAUAGAAAAAUCACAGAAAGAAAAUACCACCGAAUUAGAAAAUAAUUCUGAAAAUGCAAUUAAUGAAAAAGAAAAUAACCAUAAAAAUAUACAUAAUUUUAAUAAUGUAAAUGAGGAAAAAUGUAAUGUGUUAAAUAAUAAAAUAAGCAAUGAUAUUAAUAAUAAAGAAAACAAGGAAAUAAAUAACUUUGUAGAAAGUAAUGUGGAUUAUAAUACAAAUAGUGAAAUAGAUAACUCUUUAAAUCAUAUUGAAAAUAAUAAUAAUAAUAAUAAUAUAAUCAGUGAAACAAUUAAUAAUGUAAUCGAUGAAAACAAAAGCGACAAUAAUACAAUUGAUGAAAAUGAAAUAAAUGAUUUAUUUAAUGACUUUUUAAAAGAUAUUGAAAAUAUUACAUCAAAUAAAAGUAGUGGACAAAAAGAGAAAUUCAGUAAAAGUGAUGCGGAAAAAGAAAUAAAUAGAAUUUUAGCUAAGAAAGACCAUUCUCCAUUUGAAAUAUUUGAUAUACACGAAGAUAUAAAUAUGGAAAUAAUAAAAAGUAAGUAUAGAAAGUUGUCUGUUCUUAUUCAUCCUGAUAAGUGCAAAAUUGAAAAAGCUGGUGAGGCUUUUAAUAUUUUAACUAGAGCAUAUGAUGAAUUAAAAAAAGAUAGUAUAAAAGAACAAUAUAAAAGUGUUUAUGAAACAGCUAAGAAAAAUAUCAUAAAAAAAUUAAAUUUGAAAAAAAAAAAAAACGAAAUAAAUGAAUAUUUAAAUAAGACAUAUGAAGAAUAUGAAAUUACAAAAGAAAUACAACAAUUAAUUAAUGAAGAAUGUGAAAAUUUAAUGAAAGUACAAAAAGAAAAAAUAGAAUAUGCACAAAAAUGUAAAUUGGCUAAUUUGAAAUAUGUUCAAGAAAAAGAAGAAGAAAGAUUAAAAGAAGAUUUAAAAAAAGAAGAAGAAAGAAAAUUAUGGAUGGAGGGAAGAGACGAAAGAGUAAAUAGUUGGAAACAUUAUAAAAAAGAAAAUUUGAAAAAUGAAAAAGAAUUUCAUUUAUUUAAAAACAUUAAUAAAAAAAAAGAAGAAAGAACAGAAGAAGAAAAAGAAAAAUUGAAAAAAAUUUCUAUUAAUAAUGUAGAAAACAAUAUAUGUAAAAAAAGAAGAAAAAAGUGA